AAACUGGUAGGUGUUCUGUGGGCAAGUGUUCUCUGGUGGGCCCAUGGAGAUUGCGUUAAGAUGAACUCAUGGCCUAGAGAAAGAGAAAGGGGAAAAAUUUUUGUCUUUCUCUAUGCUGUGGUGCGCACGGUGUAGAUGUUCUGUAGCGCUGCUUUUGAGAAAACUGCUAACCCAAUGCUAGUUAUCGCUGUUCGGAGGACUGCUUUCUGGAAAAUAUAUAACCUUUCCGCAGUUAUGAGCACUGCGGUGGAAGAGUCUUUCCUCGUCGAUGGAAGUGAUGCUGGUUGCGGAGUGAAGAGAAAAGCUGAAGAACCUGUCACUGGCUUGGACAUAAAAAAGAUUAGGCAAGGGCAGAAAGAGCUGCGGCCGGGCUUUGGCAGUGAUAGAUUUGAUGAGACAGAGUACUACUUUCAGCAUGGUCUGCGGAAAGUGUACCCUUACUAUUUCACCUACACAACAUUCUGCAAGGGGCGCUGGGUAGGACACCUUCUUGUGGAUGUUUUUGCCAGGGAGUUCAGAGCUCAUUCAAAAGAAGUCUUAGAAAAUGCUAUAAAAGCUGGCCUUGUAACCGUGAACAAUAAGCCUGUUGGAGUGGACUAUCGUCUUAAAGACAAUGACCUUCUGGCCAAUACAUUGCACAGGCAUGAAGUUCCUGUUCUUGGAGCACCCAUAAAGAUACUUUAUGAUGCAGAUGACAUGGUUGUCAUUGAUAAACCACCAUCUAUACCUGUUCAUCCAUGUGGACGGUAUCGUCACAACUCUGUUAUUUUCAUCCUGGCUAAGGAACAUGGCUUAUUGAAUUUGCACACUGUACACAGGCUGGAUAGGCUCACAUCUGGAUUGUUGCUUAUGAGCCGUUCAGUGGAGAGAGCCCGGGAGCUGGAGAACGAGAUUAAAGGCCGGCUGGUAUCCAAGGAGUACCUGUGUCGAGUCGAAGGCUGCUUUCCAGACAUGGAAAUUAAAUUAAAAUUGCCGAGGACCUCAUUCGAUGUUCCCCGGACGAUGGCCUCUGGAGUGGAGACCUUGUCCAGUGACACAGUGAUCUGUUGUGAGCCAAUCGAGGUCAUCUCUCACAAGAUCGGAGUCUGCGGUGUGAGCGCCCAUGGGAAGGAGUGCAAGACAGAGUUCAAGAAGCUUAGCUACAAUGGGAAGUCCAGUGUUUUGCUGUGCAAGCCACACACCGGCCGCAUGCAUCAAAUCCGUGUGCACCUCCAGUUUUUAGGUUACCCAAUCGUUAAUGAUCCACUCUACAAUGACACAGUUUUUGGGUCUCAGAAAGCUAAAGGUGGCAUUACAGAGAAAACAAAAGAACAGUUGGUGGAGGACCUUCUGGAAGUACAUAAUCUUAAAAAAUGGCUGGGUCCCGAAAUGGACUUGACUCCAGAUGGCUGUUUGCCAGAUGAACACCUCGAUGGCGGUGACACAAUGACUAGAUCUGAAUGCCUUGAGGAGCCUGCCACCAACCAUUUCCCAGGAAGUCUCAAUCAUUACUUGGAAGGUACCGAAUCAGCCAAUUUUCAUGCAAUGAUGGAGAAGCAAGCUUUUGACAAAGCGAAAUUUGUCCGCCGCCAUGAAUGCUUGGAGUGUCGUUGCAAAUACAAAGACCCUGAGCCAAAGGAUCUUCUUAUAUAUCUACACUGCCUACGUUACAAGGGAUCAAACUGGGUGUACGAAGCUGAAUGGCCAUCAUGGGCAAAAGAUAACUGGACUGAUGACUGAUAAAAGAGUCACUGCUAUUUUC